AUGACUCAAGAAACUAAGGGCGUUCAAUUGGGGCUCAAGACGGACGAACUCGGGGAUGGACGCCAAACCGCCGUGACGCCGUCUGUGGGACCGCAAGCUGAGAACAAGCCGCUAACUCCCCCUAAUGGAGGAUGGAUGGCUUGGCUUCAGGUCUCUGCCGCCUUCGUCCUCUAUUGGAACACCCUUGGACUACUUAACGGCUUCGGUGCUUUCCAAACUUACUAUGAAGAAUCAUUGCUUAGCACUGAGUCGCCGUCGGCCAUCUCAUGGAUCGGUUCCGUUCAGGUCUUCUUCCUCAUGGCCGGCGGUGUCUUCUUCGGCCCGCUUUACGACUUAGGCUACGCGCGCUCAAUGCUCAUCGCGGGCACGUUCCUUGUAACGUUUGGCUUCAUGAUGACUAGCAUCAGCACGGAAUACUACCAAAUAUUCUUGGCUCAGGGACUCUGCGUCGGCAUCGGAACCGGCUGUCUCUACAUUCCCGCCAUCACCUUGGUUCCGGCCUACUUCACCACUAGACGGGCCAUGGCGAUGGGCGUCUCCGGAGUGGGAAGUAGUUUAGGCGCGACUCUCUAUCCCCUCAUCUUUGAGAGACUCCAGCCGCAAAUAGGGUUCGGCUGGACUGUCCGUAUCAUCGCGUUUAUUAACCUAGCUAUGUGCUCCUAUGCCAUAAUCAUAGCAAGGCCUCGCCAGAAGUCCGCGCGGUCCAGCACCUCUCAAGGGCUAAGUUGGGCUUCGCUCAAGGAGGUUGCCAAGACCGCCGAACUCAAGGACUCGCGCUACGUUAUCCAAUGCGUCGCUAUAUUCUUCAGCAACGUCGCAUUUUUUGAACCUCUGUACUAUCUACAGAGCUACGCCCAGUCUCACGGAAUGGAGGGGCAGGAUCUAGCCAACUAUCUGCUGGUCAUACUUAACGCCGUUGCCAUCCCAGGCCGUAUCAUACCCUCGUAUAUCGCGGACAAGGUUGGCGUGCUAAAUACCUAUAUCGGAAUCUGUGCUUUUACGGCGGUGAGUGUCUUCUACUGGAUCAGCGUGAAUAACCGAGCUGGAAAUAUCGCCUUCUCGGUACUGUAUGGUUUCUUCUCCGGCAGUGUUGUCACCUUGGCGCCGGUCGUUCUGGCAAGCAUUACCGACGACCUUAGUAUCUUAGGCACGCGGCUGGGCUUCGUUGCUGUGCUGAAGGGUAUCGGGUCCCUGAUCGGACCUCCUAUUGCCGGUGCCAUCCUAGGCGCCACGGAUAGCUAUCUCGGUGUCCAACUUUUUUCCGGGCUUGCUAUAUCGCUUACCGCUGUGUUUGCUAGUCAGUUACGAAUUGUGGUGGCUCGUCAUAAGAAGUUGGAGAAGGGGAGAUCUGAGAGCGAGAGCGAGCCUAACAAUGAGUCGGAAAAGGCAGCUUAG